UUGAAUGCUUGAGCAUCCUAGCUGGAUAAUGCUACACAAACUUACACAGCUCUGGUAGAAGAUGUCUGCCACCGUCUUCUCGAAAAUUUGUGAAACGAUUUGGAUGACUUGGGCCUUUUCUGUUGUGGGCAUCAACUACUCCAUCCUGGGGCCCACGCUACUGGAUCUGCAGCUGAUCCUGAAACAGGACCUGGAAACCCUCUCAACCAUACCACUCAGCAGCGGGAUUGGGGAGACAUCGGGGAUGUUCCUCGCCUUGGCACUCUCUAAAUAUGGUCACAAACGUCUUCAGAUGGGCAUUGCUCUAUUGCUAUCGUCGGUGGUGUUUACCCUUAUACCAGUUGUACCAAGUUUAAUCUACGUAGAUAUGAUGUUUGCAUUGGUGGGAUUCAUUUCCGCAAUACCUUCCUGUUUUCUGAUAGAUGUGUGCAGUGAGUUGUGGAAGGACAAGGGCACAGCGUUCCAGUUCAUCCUAGUCGGCAGUUCCCUGGGCGCCAUCGUCACUCCUCUGAUAGUGGAACCUUUCUUAUGUCAUGGAGAUUCAUCAGAAGGAGCAAACGUGACCGGAAAAAGAUUUUCACCCGCUCUACACGAUUUCACGCUCACGGGUGUAGCUUCUCUUCAGGGUUCAUGCUCAAUGGAAGAUCUGGCUCUGGUUGAGAAGGUGUGUGUGAACGUCACUCGACAUUUUGAAGCCGAAGGUCACCAACAAACACAAGGACAUUAUGUUGUUGACCAUGAAAGGGUAGAUCAUACAUGCCCAUGCAUCGCCCUGAUAUCAGCGACCAAUAGUUCAAAUGACAACUGCAAAUCGAACCUGACACAUGAAGCUGAUGACAGAGAUUAUUGCAAAUGGCAAACGGCUUGUGACUUGCUCCUCGAGCAUCAACUCUACAACACUACAGAAGAAGAUGUGCAGUAUAUUAAAUCGGUGUGUUGCCCGUUACUAAGUGCGUUAGAUGAAUGUCGAAGCAAUUACGGAGUUGUGGACAAUGGAACAGAGUCCUGUACAGAAAGUGACACCAAUGUACGUACUGCUUAUGUUGUCAUGGGGCUUGUUUUGUUGCCAAGUUCAUUCGCCUUCUUCUACUUUUGGUGGAGGAGGGACUCAAGUUGGGCCUCUGCACCUAUAACAGAGAGCCAGAGGCAGGGAUAUCAACAAAUGGAGGCACCCCCCAGAGGAAACUUUCAGCUUGUGAUAUUUUACACCGUAUUGUGUCUAUCUUAUCUCCCCUAACUGCACUGACAAUAGUAUUUGGAACUUACCUGACAGCUUUCGGUGUUGAGGGUAGCUUGCACCUCCCGAAGUCUACAAUGGUGUACAUGACAUCUGUGUUCUGGAUCUCCACUCUACUCGGACGAAUCAUCAGCACAGCAUUGACACCACUGUUGGGACAUGCUAAAAUCAUCAUCGGUAAUUUUGUAGGUAUAGUGGUGUCGUCAGUUCUACUCAUAUCCCUGGCGCCAUAUUAUGAGUCCAUGUUGUGGAUGAGCACUGUUCUGCUGGGAGUGUUUUCCUGCCCCUACGAGGGUGCAGGGUUAGCGUGGGCUGCUGACUAUGUCGGAAUGUCGCCACAACUAGUUGCUCUGUCGUGGAUUUCAGUGUCUUCAGGGAACCUAGCCUUUCCGUUUUUAGGAGGAUUAAUGUUUACACAUAUUGGGCCCACCGCGUUUAUGUAUUUACUCGGUGGUUUAAGUUUAUUCAUGGUGUUAAUGUUCCUUCUGUUAAACAUCCAGGUGCGGUGUAAAAGUUUCAAAACGUAAAUCACAAUUUCCUUCAUAUUCCACCUCAGUGUGUUUGUUUGAGGCCGCCGAAAUGUGUCAACAAUGACGACUGCCUUUAAAUAACCGAACCAGUGCAAUAUUCUCGAUUAAAAAAUUCUGACCACUCGAUUCAUUACAUCGUUUUGGAGACAAAAACAGGUUUCUGGUGACCUAGUGAACCCGGAAUUCAACCUAUGAUUGGCGCGCGAAGAAUUAGUUGAUUGGUCGCAAAUUAGUUGAUUGGUCGUGAACUAGUUGAUUGGUCGUGAACUAGUUGGCUGGUCGUGAACUAGUUGGCUGGUCGUGAACUUGUUGGCUGGUCGUGAAC